AUGUCGGUAGAACCCCAUGACCUCAACAUUCCAAGUGAAUCGUCAUCAUCAUCUUCAACUUGUGUACCAGUACAUGCCGGUCAUUCAUCACAAACGGAAAUCAAAGUAGAAAAAGUCAAUCAUAGCUGGACAGUGAAGAAUUUCUCUCAUUGCUAUCAAGAAUAUUUGGAGAAUUUUGUGUAUUUGUCGAGAGGCGAUGAGACGUUAACGUGGUCGAUCAAAAUUUAUCCGAAGGGGAAUGGCGAGAAUAACAAGGACUUUGUGUUUUUGUGCUUGAAUCGUGUGGUGAAUAGCAAUGCUAAAUCGACGAAAAUUGGCUUUAAGUCGAGGUUCAUGCUCAGGACAGCAGAACUAAAAGAGAUUGAUAUGCGCAUUCAUCCAAAUCCGUCGCAUUCGGAUUAUGUCUCAUAUAUCAAACGAGACAUUCUGUUUCCACAAAUACUGCCAAGGGAUUUGAUAAUCGUGAACGUUGAGAUUGAUGUAGCUGUUGAGACGAUCACCACGACGACUGAACCAAUAAUGCUUUAG